AUAACACACAAUUCAAUGUAACUUUUUGAAGAGUGUUGAUGUGUCAUUAUUUUUGCAUUUAAUUUUGACGUGCUCUCGUUUUUUCUAUUCAAUAUAAAAUGAGGGGACCAAACAAAAUUGGCUGCUUCUUAAAAUACAAAAAACGAAAAACAAAAAUGGCUGCACUGAUUUGUUUAAAGUUUUGCUCGUAUUAUGCAAAUUUGCCGAGGAGAACGGAAUAAAAGAAUCAGGGCCGAAGCAGCUGUUUGUUGAGGGAAGUACUUCCAUAAACCACUACCAGAAUCCACCAAUUCCUGUGAUGAAAUUUGUUACAAAACCCUAAAGUUUCUAUCUUUUUUUUAAAUUUUUAAUAUUACUCUUCUUGGUCCUUGCAAAUCCACACUCUCUCAUCACCCCCCUAUUUUUAUUUCAUUUCUGGCAAAUUUUCCUGAUUUGGUUUUGUAUUUAAAGUCUUUAUUAUUCAUAUACUCCUUUAGGUGAGUGGAUCAAGUGAUUAUUUCAAGAUUACCUAAAUCCGGAAGAGCCUUACCAAAUUGCUUUCCGAUAUAUUUAUAUGGUUAGGAGAUAAAGAUAGAGUCUUUUUGAGGAUUUGAGCGGUGGGUCUGUUUUGAUUUCAUCUCUUUCUCAAUCCCUUAAAUAAAAUUCUGAAUCUUUGUGUGUGUGUCUGUGCUUCUGAUUCGAUGGCUGCUGGUUCUGAGGUGUUUGUUGAGCCAUCAGUGGUUGAGGCACCCGUUCUUGAGAACUCUUCUUCAUCACCAAAGUCCGAUGCUGCUGCUUCCACCGUAGUCUCUGAUGCUGGCUCUGACGUCAGCACCAAUGUGAAAUCUGAAUCUCUGGGAAAUGGUGAUAAGGACUCUGGUUCAGAUUCAAACCCGAAAUCUGAGUAUCAAAUGCAGCAGGAAAUUGUUGAUAUGUUCAAGACGCUGAAGCUGAACCCUCUGGCAAAAGAGUUUUUCCCUUCUUCCUAUGGCCGAGAUGAGGGGCUCAACAAGAAUCUGGUAUCUGAUGGCUUCCGAAAUAACAGAAGGAGAGGAAACAACUAUAAUCAGGGAAGAAGCAACCGAACAAACAAUAGAGCUUCCAGAGCUCAAAGGGAAGAUAGCAUUCGGCGUACUGUCUAUGUUUCUGACAUUGAUCACAAUGUCACAGAAGAGCAGCUGGCUGCCUUAUUUAGUGCCUAUGGACAAGUUGUCGACUGCCGAGUUUGUGGUGAUCCACACUCUAAUCUCCGCUUUGCUUUUGUGGAGUUUGCCGAUGAAUACUCUGCCAGAACUUCUCUUUGCCUUUCUGGUACAAUAAUUGGGUUUUCCCAGCUCAAAGUCCUGCCUUCCAAAACGGCUAUCCUUCCUGUCAAUCCUACAUUCCUUCCCAGGUCAGAGGAUGAACGGGAGAUGUGUGCUAGGACAGUCUACUGUACAAAUAUAGAUAAGAAGGUGUCACAAGCUGAUGUCAAGACUUUUUUUGAGACAAGAUGUGGCGAGGUUUCUCGCCUGAGGCUUUUGGGAGAUCAAGUGCAUUCGACCCGUAUUGCUUUUGUUGAAUUUGUCAUGGCUGAGAGUGCAAUUAUGGCAUUGGACCGUUGCGGUGAGGUGUUGGGGUCCCAGCGUAUCAGGGUGAGUCCUUCAAAGACACCGGUGAGACCUAGAGUUGCUCGGGCCGGGAUGCAUUAAGGGGCAGUGCCCUCCAGGGAUCUUGGAAGCAUUUUGCAGAAAAGACCCUUUGGAAGAGACAAAGACAGAUUUCCCCCAAGUUACUGUGAAAGUGAAGGCAAAAACUUGUUUUUCGUUUGUUUAUGGUAACAACUUCAUCUCUUUAUUUCUUCUUUUACAGACUGAAGUGAGUGACCAUUAUUAUUACCAACUGAAGUUUUACAUUUACUAAUUGCUGUGCUGUUAAAAUGGAUUGGCAACCAGCAAUUAUUUCAUGUUUUUCGGGUUCACUCCCUAAACUUUCCAUUAAAUAUUAUUUUUCACC